AUGCAACUGCCAACUGUUCUUUUCAACGCUCUCCUCGCCUUCAGCGGGGUCGCAGCCCUUCCUAAGGGCGAACCUGCUGCUUCCGCCAAAUUGAUCGACCUCAAUUCUGUGGGAGAAGUUUCUGAGAUUUCCGAGAGUGAAAUCGCCCCAGCUGGUACAAAGACUGUGUUUGACGAGCACGCUUCACCCAAUCCCGGUUUGAACAAGCGACAGGUCUUAUGGGGUCUGUGUCUCGGCAACGCUGGACUCCCCUCACGAAAGGUUGAGCAGUACAAAUCCGACGUCCGUUCUGCUUUCGACGAAAUUGCUCAAUGGGACCCUCGCUCUCAAAGGAGCGUUUCACGUGGCAAUGGUCUGGUCCUACGGCCGGUGGCUAUCGGAGAGUUAUGA